CGACAAAGGCCAGGUAUGGAGAAGGGUGUACCUGUGCAGGAACAGAGUGUGAGUUUUGAAUAGACUGAUAACUUGAUAUUUACCAUGGAGGACCAUGGUUUACUGAGUGCAGAGCAGAUUGAUUUUCUCACUAAAGAGUACAUAGGGUUACUCACUCUCAGUGUGAUUGGGAGUUUUUCUGUCCUGCUGGUUUCCAUAGUGAGAUGGAGGAAUCUAAAGAAACAGGUGCACCUUCUGGUACAGCUUGCCCUAGCAGACCUCCUGGCUGCUCUGAUCCUCUUGUCCACCAGUGUCCUGAACAAAGUGAGGCCAAACAACAAUGAAGUCAUCUGCCAUUAUGGCUUGCCGAUGUCACUGACGUUUUAUUUUAUAUCAUUUCUGCUGAUGGGGGUUUAUGCAUGGGAGUCAAAGAAUGCAAUACAAGGGUGGAGAGCAAGACCCACAGAGGAUGAGGGAGGACAGACUCAGUGCAGAAGGAGAAUAGUCACGAUUCCUGUUUAUGCCAUUGUAUGGUUGUUCCCGAUUGCAUUAUACUUAGCAUAUGUGCUCACUCCCAAAAAUAGUGCCCCAUUGAUUCCACUCAAUGAGAUCUCAACAAUUGUCCGUAACGACAGCAAAUACUGCACUAGUUGUAUAUUGUUCUUGCAUGUCGGGAGAAAGUUCUGCUCUGAAGACGAGAUAACUCAUGACAUUUCCAUCAGAGUUAUUCUUUUCCUUGUUGUGAUACCAGUGAUGAUAUCUUCCUCUGUUAUAUACUAUAAGGUUGGUAAAUGGUAUGAGAGACAUGAGCUGCAAGGACUUUUCCCUGUGGAGGGAGAUGGACGUUCAAUAAGGAGAUUCAAAAGAGUGUUUUCAACAUCAAGAAAUAUGGUGUUGGUCAUCUUACUCUGCUGGGCCCCAGCACUUGUUCUCAUUCUGCUGUCUACCCUGAUGAUCUGGACACCAAGCAUUCAACAACGCAGCCUAUUUGGUAUUUAUAUGAUACAGGCUGCCAGUGUGUCCCUGCAAGGCUUCCUGAACAGUAUGGUUUACGCCUGGAGACGGCCCAACUUCACGCAGGCCGUUCUUGGGGAGAAUACACCGCUAGUGACACACGAACACAUUGCCUUCUUCGAUGAAUCAAUGCCGACCUCUCUUUGAUUGUUGACUUUAAACGCAUCGAGAGACAUUGUUUUGCUGCGGGGACAACACACAGGCCUGAGGAAGACUGACUGCAUGCCAGAACACUUAAAGAAUUAAUGUCCAUUGUGACGGAAGAACAACAUGGACUGAAGAUAAAAAAACAAUACGAUGAAGGACACAAAAAAUACUUGUGAAAAAGCUCAACUAAUGCAGUGCUGCUGUUUUCUGUCAUUGUCGCAUAAAGUAUAAUUUUUGGUCUGAGUGGGGAAAAUUAUAGUGCAUCAAUUGUGUUGUAUUUAUAUAUGUCUUUAAUGUUUUAUUACGAUGUAAAAUGUGUUUAUAUUAUUUGAAAAGGAGCUGCUUAACCAAUUGUUGCAUUUAUUUGUUCUUGAUAUGAAAUGGUCCCUCAGUACUCUCUAGUUCAAGUCAAUAAUUGUUUUGAUUGACUUGCAAACCCCACAACUGUUGGGGUUGCAUAAUCUGUGUUCACCGUUUAGAAGUCUGUGUCACCUACACUGUCACAGAGUUCAGUCUGCAUUUAGAACAGUGAGGAAUACUGCGUUGCUGCACACACAAGAAGGAACACAAUAUCUGCUGUGUCAUGUCUGUGUGUACCUUAUAAAGAAUAGUGUUUGAUUGUGUAACGCAGGUCACACAAGAGGCAUAUUGUUAUAUUGCUGUCCGCACACACACAACCGCACAACCAUCACAGCACAAAAGUUCAGAUUUCAUGUGUAAUAACGUAUACUCCAUGGUCAUGUUUAAGCGUGUGUGUGUGUGUGUGCCUUUGUCUCAGAGUUGAACUCUCUUUUAAUGAUUGACAGGGAACAGGCCAACGUGUACAGUUACAGUAUUGUGUAGUAAUCACCUGACUCACUAAUGUACCGUACUGUAAAAAUAACUUGAUGUUCACAUUCUUUGUUGAAGGCCACACAGUCACCUAUAUCAUAGGGUUGAGGCAAAUAUUAAAACAUGAGGGUUAAACAUAACACAAGGAUUAAUUUUUUUUAGCAAUUGCCCUAUUGAAACAG